AGAGAGAGAGCAGCCAUGGCUUCUUCUCUCCUCUCCUCCUCCCUUCUUCGCCAUCUCCCCCCUUCCUUCUUCUUCUCCCCUAAAACCUUCUCCCUCCCCCGCCCCCAGGUCUUCCUUCGCCGCGGGCCGCGCACCGCCGUCGCCACCCGGGCCAAGAAAAGCGACUCCGGCGCCGACCCCCCCAACCGCAUCCUCGCCGCCGCCUGCUACCUCUACCCUUUCCUCGACGGCGUCCAGUACGGCCGGUACGUCCUGGCCCAGUUCCCGGCCUUCCAGGUCCUCCUCCAGCCCCUCCUCCCCGCCAUCCGCCUCUUCCGCUCCUCCCCUCUCAACGGCUUCCUCCUCUUCCUCACCCUCUACUUCGCCGUCGUCCGCAACCCCUCCUUCAGCCGCUACGUCCGCUUCAACACCAUGCAGGCCAUCGUCCUCGACGUCCUCCUCAUCUUCCCCGACCUCCUCGAGCGCACCUUCAACCCCCGCCAAGGCCUCCCCCUCGAGCUCCUCCAGAGCGUCGACAGCACCGUCUUCUUCUUCCUCCUCAUCUCCUUGGUCUAUGGCUCGACCUCCUGCAUCCUGGGCCUGGUCCCCAGGCUGCCUAUCGUCGCCGACGCUGCCGAGCGCCAGGUCAUGUGACUUUCCUGCUGCUCUCCCUCUUCCCAUUAGGAAAGUUUCCAUCUUUACCAUAUUUUUCUUUUUUUUUUCCUUGGGAUCCUCUAAUUGGUCAUUUGGGUUAGUUCUUCCUUGUGGUUUGAAACUGGAAGCAGGGGAAUUGGAUUCUGCCUUUUGAUUAAGCUUAAAAUUGAAUAUAACUGGAAACAUGCUGCUUUUGGGAUGCUUGGGUUAUUGUUUUGUUGUCUCUGGUUGUAUUGCUGGUAGUUCAUGGAUUUCAUACUCUAAAUUAAAAAAUUCGCUUCUUUUGUUCUAUAUGGAUGGGAAAUCUCUUCCCCUAGCUAAUAAAUAAAUAGUAGUGAUAAUUUGCAGA